AUGGAGGAAACCGCUGACGAGUCUUCGUCCUUGAAACGGAAGAGAGAGGCGGGAACAGCUGAGCUGAACGACGAAGGUGGUGAGUGCGAGACUGAGACGAUGAGCGAGUUGUUGAAGCUUGUCGACGACUCAGCGGAAGUUACCGUUUCAGCGUCUUCAUGCACGUCUUCCCCGACGUCGUAUGGAACGAGGGUUAGGUUCAGCGACAAUCCGUAUUCGUCUGCGUUGAUUUUUCAGUCGUCUUCGUACAUCACCAUCAACGGCAACGAAGAAAGCUGUGGCUCGUCGUUUUCGGAAUCGGAGUCCAGCGUGAUGGCGAGCAUCGAAAUGGGUGGGAUUUGGAGCGCGAAUGUGAAAGUUGGGAACGGUUCGGAUGGGAUGAGAGAGUGGUUGGAAGCGGAGGAGGACGGAGGCGCGUGGGUGGGUGGCGAAUUUGGAAUGGAACGAAGAGCAGCUGGCGAAGUUUGUGGGCGAGGGGUGUCCUUUUUGAAAUUUGUCAGUAAACGCGGACAGUUAUGA